AUGGGACAGCUUCCUGAUAUCAGACUGAAACCAGCACCUGCUUUCUAUUUUUGUGCAGUGGAUUUAUUUGGACCACUCAUUAUCAGGGACACUGUGAAGAAAGGAACACAUGGGAAAGGAUAUGGAGUACUUUUCAGUUGUUUAGUAUCUAGAGCUGUAUACAUUGAUCUUACAGAGGGUUAUGAUACUGGAAGUUUUAUUAUGGUUCUACGCAGAUUUGUGUCGAUUCGUGGCUAUCCCAGAAAAAUGAUAUCAGACACUGGAUCACAACUUGUUGCUACAGGAAAGGAGUUAAGGACCAUUAUGCAUUCAUGGGAUUGGAGCGAAAUUAAGAAUUUUGGAAAACAGGAGGGUAUGGACUGGGAAACAACCAAAUCAGCAGAUGUUCCAUGGGAAAAUGGAUGCAGUGAAUCCCUCAUCAGAUCAACAAAAAUCUGCUUAGAAUCUGCUAUUGGAGCUUCAGUGAUGACUUUUUCAGAACUUCAAACAGUCCUUUUUGAACUUGGAAACCUUCUCAAUGAGCGUCCAAUUGGAACCAAAAACUGUGAUCCCGAAGAAGGCACUUCCCUUUGUCCUAAUGAUUUAUUGCUUGGACGUGCAAGUUCACGAGUCCCAGCAGAACCUGGAACACAUGUUUAG